CUCAGAAUUGUUAAUGUUCUGAUGGUUAUCCUGGCCAUCUAAAUUAUCUUUCAAAGAAUAGCAAAUUCAUCAAUCCAUUUCAAAAUGUCUAAAGGAAAUUUAUGAAGACGGUGCUCAGGAAUUAACAUUAUAUAAGAAUAUGGAAUUACAAACUGAAUAUGCUAUUUUAAAACUUCCCUUGGAUUCCAACCAUUCCCAGUUGGAUAUUGCUAACAGGAAAGAAGCUUUUGAACUAUCUGUGACAGAUACAAGACCGGAACAAAUAAAAACAAAGCAAAGUAAUGUUUGGAAUGGAACGAUCAUAGUUUUCCUGUUGAUUCUCAUAAUUAUUCUCAGCUGUACAAUUGGGGUACUUGUUUAUCAAAUGCAAAGUUAUGUUGAAAAUAAGAAAAAUGGAACAAAAAGCACAUGGGAGGCAGAGUUCAAGGAAAAAUGCUCCUUUUCUGAUUUACGAGCUGAACUGUGCAUCAAAAAUCCAAAUGCAACAAAUGAUCAGGAAAAUGAAUGUAAACUUUGUCCUGCCAACUGGAAGCUCUUUCAGGAAAAUUGUUACUUAAUUUCUAAUAAUAUCCAAAUUAAAGGUUGGAAUGAUAGUCAAACCUAUUGUAUAGGAAUGAAGUCUCAUCUACUGGUCAUAGAAAAUGAAGAACAGAUGGCAUUUUUUGAUCAAAUACUUUAUAAAGAUGCCAGCUACUGGAUUGGACUGUAUUUUGACAACAAUAUAAGGAAUUGGACUUGGGUGAAUUGUGAAACCUGCAAGGACUUUCAGCUCCAUUUCAAAAACACUCGUCCUGGUGAUAACCAUUGUGUACUGAAAUCAAACAAUUAUGAUUUGGAGAAUUGCAAUAGUCCACACAGCUGGAUUUGUCAAAGGAAAGCCAGCAGAUUAUACAGAUGAGUGGAGAAUGACAUAUCAAGUACUGUUGAUAUUUUUUAUUACAACUAUCCAGAUGUCUCUGCAACUUAAAGUAUUCUGUAUACUGACUAGACUAUGUAACUACAACUGUC